AUGGACACUCCAUUAUCAGGCACGGCCACCCCGGUCGAUGUGGAAAAUGGCUCUUUCAAUAUUCGAAAACGUCUUACAGUGACUUUCUGUGACCUUAAUGUUCGAGUAACUGCACCCAAUGCUGCACUAGGAAGCACAAUGUGGUCAGAUAUCGAUCCCCGUCAGCUCGGCAGCUUUUUCCAUCGAACGAAAAUGGCGAAGAGGACAAUUCUGAAAGAUGUUUCUGGUCAAGUGAAACCAGGAGAGAUGCUUCUUGUCCUCGGGCGCCCUGGCUCGGGCUGCACCUCGCUUCUCCGGGUCUUGUCUAAUGACAGAGACACUUUUGAUGAAGUUUCCGGGGACACACGAUACGGAAGCAUGGACCACAUGGCUGCGAAAAGAUUCCGCCAGCAAAUCAUGUUCAAUAACGAAGAUGACCUUCACUUCCCUACCCUGACUGUGAACCGAACCAUGAAAUUUGCUCUCAAAAACAAAAUUCCCAAUGAGCGGCCAGAUGAGUUAGCAGAUCCCAAGAACUUCGUGCUGGAGAAGCGAAACGAAAUUCUCAACUCGUUGGGAAUCGGGCACACGAAGAAGACCAAAGUUGGAAAUGAAUUUAUUCGUGGUGUUUCUGGAGGUGAAAGGAAGCGUGUUUCUUUGGCCGAGGUCCUGGCUGGACAGAGCCCAGUUCAGAUGUGGGAUAACCCAACACGUGGCUUGGAUUCGAAAGCUGCGUUAGAGUUUGCUCGCAUGCUUCGACGCGAGGCGGAUCAAAACAAGAAAACCAUGGUUAUGACAACAUACCAAGCUGGUAACGGCAUCUAUGAUCAAUUCGACAAGGUUCUUGUUCUUGCUGAGGGCAAAGUGACGUACUACGGUCCCCGUAGUAUGGCAAAAGGCUAUUUUGAGUCCUUGGGUUUCAUGUGUCCUAAAGGUGCCAACAUUGCGGAUUAUCUCACCUCGGUUACUGUCCUCACAGAGAGAACCGUUCGCCCAGGAUGGGAAGGAAAAGUCCCAAGUACCCCCGAGGAGUUCGAAAGCUUCUAUCAUGGAAGCUCUAUCUACACCACUCAGAUGAGUGCCAUUCAGUCUCCGGAGAAGUUAUCCCAUGAAACCGAAGAUCUUGAGAUCGCCGUGGCAGCCGAAAAGAAAAGGCAACAUCUCCCUCGCACGCAGAGUGUGUACACAGCUGGGUUCUGGAACCAGGUUGCUUCCUGCACCGUUCGGCAAAUGCAAAUCAUGUGGGGUGACAAAUUCUCGCUAAUUGUCAAGGUAGUUUCGGCCAUCAUCCAGGCUCUAGUUUGUGGAUCUCUCUUCUACAAUCUACCAAAUGACAGCUCCUCUAUCUUCUUGCGCCCGGGAGUACUUUUCUUCCCGAUUCUUUAUUUCCUGCUAGAGUCAAUGUCCGAGACAACCGCAUCAUUCAUGGGGCGACCUAUUCUAUCUCGUCAGAAGCGAUUUGGAUUCUAUCGGCCGACAGCAUAUUGCAUUGCCAACGCGAUUACCGACGUCCCCGUUGUGAUGAUUCAAGUAACCUGCUUUUCCUUGAUACUUUAUUUUAUGGCGGCGUUGCAGAUGGACGCUGGUCGUUUUUUCACAUUCUGGAUCAUCAUCAUUAUUCAAACGCUUUGCUUCAUUCAGCUCUUCCGAGCCGUUGGUGCCGUCUGCAAAAAAUUUGGAAACGCGUCCAAAAUCUCCGGUCUUCUGUCUACGAUAUUUUUUGUCUAUGGAGGCUAUCUGAUCCCUUUCCACAAAAUGCAUGUCUGGUUCCGCUGGAUUUUCUACCUGAAUCCUGGAGCGUACGCGUUCGAGGCUCUUAUGGCAAAUGAAUUUGUUGGACGUGAAUUCAAAUGCGUUGAGCCUGAUUACAUUCCCUACGGUGAAGGCUACCCAAGUUCUGCAUCACCAUACCGAGGGUGUUCUGUUCUUGGGAGCAAUGAAAAUGGAAUCAUCAAUGGCGCGGCUUACAUCCGGGAACAAUAUAAUUACUCUUAUCAUCACAUCUGGCGCAGCUUCGGUAUCAUUGCUGGCUUUUGGAUAUUCUUUCUCGGCCUGACAUCGCUCGGUUUUGAGCUGCGAAACAGCCAGGCUGGCUCUUCUAUCUUACUUUACAAACGCGACGGGAAGAAGAAACAUCCAAAUGAUGAAAAAAUGGAUUCCGGCCGAAAUACUACAGACCUGGGCUUACUUCCAGGUUCUGUUAAACAAUCAACGUUCACCUGGAACAAUCUCGAUUACUUUGUACAAUUCAAUGGAGAAAAAAAGCAGCUUCUCGACAAAAUCUUUGGCUUUGUAAAGCCUGGAAGUCUGGUUGCUCUAAUGGGAGCUUCUGGUGCCGGAAAGACGACAUUGCUGGAUGUUCUGGCCCAGCGAAAGGACGCUGGGGAAAUAUUUGGGUCAAUCCUCAUCGAUGGACGCCCACAAGGUAUAAGCUUCCAGCGUACAACUGGUUAUUGUGAGCAGCUGGACGUGCACGAGUCGACUGCAACUGUCAGAGAAGCCCUCAUUUUCUCCGCGCUGCUCCGUCAACCCUCGCAUAUCUCGCAAGAAGAAAAAAUCGACUACGUGGAUCAUAUUAUCAACUUACUGGAGCUUGGUGACAUUAGUGACGCCCUCAUUGGAGGUCCCGGGGCAGGCCUUAGUAUCGAGCAACGGAAACGUGUGACUUUGGGUGUUGAGCUUGUGGCAAAACCUACUCUGCUUUUCUUGGACGAGCCUACCUCGGGACUCGACGGACAAAGCGCAUACAACAUUGUCAGAUUCUUGAGAAAGCUCGUUGAUGGUGGACAAGCCAUUCUGUGUACAAUUCACCAACCUUCUGCUGUUUUGUUUGAUUCGUUCGAUGGUCUUCUAUUGCUUGCCAAGGGCGGUAAAAUGACAUACUUUGGAGAAACCGGUAAAGAUUCAAGCAAAAUUCUGGGAUAUUUCGAACGAAAUGGUGCACCCUGCCCACCGGAUGCGAACCCAGCCGAACACAUUAUCGAAGUGAUUCAAGGUGCUACGACCGAAAAGGUCGACUGGGUUAAUGUAUGGCGGGAAUCUGAUGAGCGAAAAAUGGCACUUCAGGAGUUAGAAGCUCUCAAUGAGUCUGGUCGAGCCGAUCCCAAUUAUGCGGAGGACACCGCGGACUACGCCACCUCGCACUGGUUCCAGUUCACGAUGGUUUCCAAACGCCUCACUGUUCAGAUUUGGAGGUCACCGGAUUACAUGUGGAACAAGAUCAUACUUCACAUCUUCGCGGCAUUGUUCAGCGGCUUCACAUUCUGGAAGAUUGGUGACGGCACUUUUUCUCUACAAUUGCGACUAUUUGCCAUUUUUAAUUUCAUUUUCGUUGCUCCGGGCUGUAUUAAUCAGAUGCAGCCUUUCUUUUUGCACAAUCGAGACAUUUUCGAGACUCGUGAAAAAAAGUCCAAAACCUACCAUUGGAUUGCCUUUAUCGGCGCUCAAACAGUCACCGAAAUUCCAUACUUGAUCAUCUGCGCCACCAUCUACUUCUUGUGCUUCUACUUCACUGCGGGCUUUCAGAGCAUCCCUAGUGUUUCCGGUCAUUUCUAUCUCCAGAUGAUUUUCUACGAGCUUCUGUACACGUCCAUUGGUCAGGCCAUUGCAGCAUACGCGCCGAACGAGUAUUUCGCAGCCGUUAUGAAUCCUGUUUUGAUCGGAGCUGGCUUGAUCAGUUUCUGUGGCGUGGUUGUUCCAUACAGCCAGAUGCAACCAUUUUGGCGCUACUGGAUAUAUUAUCUCGAUCCUUUCACCUAUCUCGUGGGUGGCUUACUUGGAGAAGUCCUGUGGGAUGUCAAAGUCCGAUGUGAGCCAUCCGAAUACGUCCAAUUCAGCGCGCCCUCUGGACAGACGUGUGGAGCAUACAUGGCAGAUUUCCUGUCUUCUCAAGCUGGCUAUCUGCUGGAUGCAGAAUCUACUGAAAUUUGUUCGUUCUGUCAGUAUUCCCAGGGCGCUGACUACGCCAAAGCUUUUAACUUACGCGAAAAGUAUUACUCAUGGAGAGAUACUGGCAUCACAGCACUCUUUUGCAUCUCAUCAUACGCCCUGGUCUUCCUGAUGAUGAAACUUCGCAGCAAGAAGACCAAAAGUGCUCGGUCCGAGUAA